AUGGCCAUCCUCAGCAAACUAACCACUGCGGCGGCCGUGGCGUCAUUUUGCACGUCGGCGUCGGCCCUCGUCCUUCGCGAUGGCAACAGCACCGCCCCUGCCUGCCACGCCGUCCCCGCCAACAAGACGUACGACUACAUUGUCAUUGGCAGCGGCGCCGGCGGCAUUCCCAUGGCCGACCGUCUCAGCGAAGCCGGCCACUCGGUGCUGCUGCUCGAAAAGGGUCCUGUGUCGACUGGCCGGUGGGGCGGCACGAUGAAGCCCAAGUGGCUCGACAACACGAACCUGACACGAUUUGAUGUCCCCGGCCUGUGCAACCAGAUCUGGCACGACUCGGUCGGGGUCGCCUGCACAGACGUGGACCAGAUGGCGGGAUGUGUGUUGGGCGGUGGCACGGCCGUCAACUCGGGCCUGUGGUGGAAGCCGAACCCGCAGGACUGGAACUGGAAUUUCCCCGACGGUUGGAAGUUCGACGACAUGGCGGAAGCCACCUCGACCGUCUUUUCGAGAAUCCCGGGCACCACGCAUCCGUCCAUGGACGGCAAGCUGUACCGGCAGGAGGGCUUCGACAUGCUGGGCGGCGGGCUGAAGGCGGCCGGGUGGCAGGAGAUUGUGCCCAACGAGCACCCCGAGCUCAAAAACCACACGUUUGGCCACAGCACGUUCAUGUACAGCGGCGGCGAGCGCAGCGGUCCGCUGGCGACGUACUUGGUCUCGGCCAGCCAGCGGGGGCCGGACAAGUUUGCCCUGUGGCCCAACACAAUGGUGCGGCGGCUGGUACGCACGGGCGGACACGCCACGGGCGUCGAGAUCGAGUGCACGACUCUGGGCGGUGGAAGUGGUGGUCAUGCGGGAGUGGUGCAGCUGACGCCCGGCACGGGCCGUGUGAUUGUGUCGGCGGGCGCCUUUGGAUCGGCCAAAGUGCUGUUGCGCAGCGGCAUCGGUCCGGCCGACCAGCUCAACAUCGUUAAAAACUCAGCAGAGGAUGGUGCCACGAUGAUUGGCCAAGACAGCUGGAUCGAUCUUCCCGUCGGAUACAAUUUGAACGACCAUGUCGGCACCGACAUCGAGAUUGCGCACCCGGACGUCGUCUUCUACGACUAUUACGCCGCCUGGGACACGCCCGUUGUCAGCGACGAGGACAGGUACCUGGCCAACCGCACGGGUAUGCUUGCACAGGCGGCGCCUAACUUGGGGCCCAUGUUCUGGGAGACGAUCCGAGGCACCGACGGCGUCAUUCGCCAUCUGCAGUGGCAAGCCCGUGUCGAGGGUGCGAGCAACACCAGCAUGACCAUCACGCAGUACCUGGGCACCGGCUCGGUCUCGCGCGGCCGCAUGACCAUCACGAAGCGGCUGGACACGUUUGUCUCGACGCCACCGUACUUGCACGAUGAUUUUGACAAGGAGGCCGUUGUGCGCGGUAUUGAGAACCUGGUCAAGACACUGUCGCCUGUGGCCAAUCUGACUUGGGUUCGCCCUGCGCCCAAUGUGACCGUCGCCGACUAUGUGGCAAGCAUCCCCGCCAAGCCGGCGCAACGCUGCUCCAACCACUGGAUCGGAACGGCUAAGAUGGGCGUGGACGAUGGCCGCGCGGGCGGCACGGCCGUGGUCGACACCGACACGCGCGUGUACGGCACGGACAAUGUGUUUGUGGUUGAUGCCUCGGUCUUCCCCGGCCACAUCACCGGCAACCCGUCGGCCAUGAUUGUCAUUCUGGCAGAGCACGCUGCCAAGAAGAUCCUAGCCCUGCCGCCAGUCAAACAGUCGGUCCCUCCGAAACCUCCAACCAUGUAG